ACCGGAGAGAGUGCUGGUCUGGGCCUUCCCUUCCCCUCAGAAGGAGCCGGCGGCGGGGGGCGCGGGAAUGGGGAGGAAGCUGCGAAAUUAGCACACACACCUCCCACCACCGACCAGUUGCCCGAGUCCAAUCGCCGUUGCGCCUGGUUCCCUCAGCAUUGGCGGGAAGGGGGGCUUGAUUCCCGCCCCAUCUUUGAACCCCCUUCCUCAUAAAUAACGGUCCCGCAGCCCACACAGGUUCCUAUCAAAUCGUUGCCUCAGCCCGCCUCCCCUGCCGUUGCCGUUAUUCCUCGCCCCCACCCCCGUUGCCGAGGCCUUUGUUACUGUCAUGUCAAAUCCCCCCUCCAAAAAAAAUACCCGUUGAACCUGUUGGCUUACUGCGCUUUUCUCGGUUUCUGACCAGAGUCUCCCCCCACCUCUCAGUUCGAAUCUGGCUGUAAUUUCUAUGCUCAAGAGGACUUUACAAACUAUAUAUUACAUGCUGUGUGCUGAAGGUUCUUGUCAAAGCACCCAACUUGCCACGUUGAGGAAAUGGGUGCUGAAUUGGGUAGACCUCUGCUCCGAUCCUGCCUUGGGCUCCUCUUAACGUUACUACAGUUUGCCUUGUGAACCUGUUGCACUCCUUGCCCUCAGGCCGUAAAGCAUUGCAAACCACUUCUUUGGUGCGCCUUAAGAAGAGCCCUGCAGGAUCAGGCCAAAGGCCCAUCUCAUCCAGCUUCCUCUUCUCAAAGGAGUCAUCAUGGGAAGCCUGUAAGCGGGAUUGGGGCACCGCAACACUGUCCCCACUUGUGGAAUCCCAGCGACCGGUAUUGCGAGUAGAGGUGCGAGCCGAGGGUCAGACACUCCUCUGUUGCCUGAAGAUUUGAGUAACAAUGCUUAGCAGGUGUUUUUUUUUUAAUGCCAAAAGCUGAUUUCUUCAUGUGCCAGCAGUUCCACCGGCUUUCCCCCAAACCGGUGUCCUCCAGAUGCUGUCGAUUUAGAGUGUUUCGACCUAACACACUCAUCCACAGGUGCACAAGGCUUACAGGGAUUAAUGUUGGUUCUUUGGGCUUUCUUCAGUGGUUGAAGUGAUUGGCCCUGGAUUCUUGGCCUUUGCUAUCAAAGUCGGACCACAGCUCGAAAGCAGUUGUCAUGCUGUCUUAUGUUCAAAAGUUCCACUUUUUAGGGAUACUGUUAUGUAAAGUGAACAGUGCUGCAGUGUAGUGAUAUUAAAACGUUGCAAGCAAACAGCAAAAUGAGCAAGCGAUCAAGCAGUGACAUUCCUGUAGGAAGGAUGAGCACAACAGCAUUCCCAUCUCCGGCUGCCGAAAUGGCAGAAAUGAAUCGAAUUCAAUAUGAAAUGGAGUAUACUGAAGGGAUCAAUCAGAGAAUGAGAGUUCCGGAAAAACUCAAGGUUGCUCCACCAAAUGCUGACCUUGAACACAGUGGUCAUGAAGGGGGGCUUCCAAAUGCCAGUGUAACAAUGCAGGUUCCAGAGCGGAUUGUAGUGGCAGGUAAUAAUGAAGACAUUCCACUCUCCAGGCCGCCAGAUCUAGAUCUUCUCCAGUCAACUCCAUUCAAGUCUCUGUCACUGAAAACACCUCCCCGUGUUAUUUCACUCAGUGAACGACCGCUAGAUUUCCUGGACUUAGAGCGAGCCCCUACUCAAACUCCUCAAAAUGAAGAGGUUCGCUCAGUUGGGAGACUGAAAAGAGAACGCUCCAUGAGUGAAAAUGCAAAUCGUCAAAAUGGUCAAUUGAUGAGAAAUGAGUCAAUUGUGACACCAUCACCUCAACAGGUUCGUGUCUGUCCACCCCAAAUGUUCUCUGAAGAUGGAGCUAAUCUUUACUCUGCUCGGGGCAUAUUGUCGCUUAUCCAGUCUUCUACCCGUAGGGCUUACCAGCAAGUCUUGGAUGUGCUGGAUGAAAAUCGCAGGCCAGUGUUACGUGGUGGGUCUGCUGCUGCCACUUCCUCUAAUCCUCAUCAUGACGCCAGAUAUACCCUUUCAAAUAUGGAUACAACAUUUGAGGGAACACCAGAAGAUGUCAGUGUUGUGGAUGCUGUUUCUUUAAGACGACAGAUAAUUAAACUUAAUCGCCGUCUACAACUUCUGGAAGAAGAAAACAAAGAGCGUGCUAAACGAGAAAUGAUCAUGUACUCAAUUACUGUAGCUUUCUGGCUACUAAAUAGUUGGCUUUGGUUUCGGCGCUAGAAAUGGUCACAGCACUUCAGAAGAUUUGUCAGUGGAGAAAUAUAUAGAGAAUUUGCAAAGUCCUUUGUUUCAUUCUCUGAAUUGUAUGGUGAUUUAGGAUCCAUGCACUGGAAAUUUCUGACACAGUAAACAGCUGUAACAUAACUUUACAACGUUAAAGGGAUGCCUGGAUGAUUGUAUAUAUAUUUUCAGAAUUGUUGUAUCAUCCUAUUUUCCUUUUGCAUGACUUGUACAUUUGCAUUGAAUUAUUUUGCAAAGGGAAUUGCCUCCAGUUAACAAAGGUAUACCGCAGACAGUUCUCUCUUGUGUAGAAAGAAACAACUGGGUUUUGGAAUUACCUGCAAAAUGGCCUAACAUAUGGUUUCUCAUUGUUAUUCCAUAAUUAAAUGUAGCACCUUUAUAGUU